AUGACGGCGCCUGUCAUGUCCCUCGCUAUGCUGCGGCGGGCUUCCUCACCCUCCUCGCAACCAUCUCUCUACAUUGGCCUCAAGAGGCACUUUUCCAGCACAGUGGCUCGUGAAGCUUCAUGGGGCUUCAUUGGCCUGGGUGCCAUGGGCUAUCCCAUGGCGAAGAACCUACGAGCCAAGAUCCCCGAAGGUGACUCGAUGACCGUCUUCGACGUCAACACUGCGGCGCUGGAGAGGUUCUCUCAGGAAGCUACACCGUCCGGAGUCGUCGUGGCAAAGAGCCCGCGGGAGCUGGUUGAGAAUGCUGACAACAUCAUCUCCGCACUCCCCGAACCACGACACGUCAAGGGUGUCUUUGAAGAAAUCCUGGCCUCUUCCCUCCCGCAAGCCCCUACCGAGAAAUCGAGACUCUUCAUCGACUGCUCGACCAUCGACCCCAUCACCUCGCGCGAAGUCGCAAAGAUGGUGAAGCAGAAAGCCGGCGCUGAUUUCGUCGACGCACCCAUGUCCGGAGGCGUGGUGGGCGCCCGCGCCGGCUCGCUGACGUUCAUGGUCGGGUGCGAGGAAGAAGACAUCCCCAAAAUCGAAAAGAUCCUGUUGCUCAUGGGCCGGAAAGUGUGGCACAUGGGACCCCAGGGGACGGGACUGAGCGGGAAACUGGCCAACAACUAUGCGUUGGCCAUCAACAACAUCGCCUGCGCCGAGGCCAUGAAUCUGGGCAUGAGAUGGGGCAUUGAGCCCAAGGCACUGGCGAACCUGUUGAAUUCCGCCACGGGCAAAUCCUGGCCCAGCGAAAUCAAUAACCCCGUCCCGGGGGUGAUUGAGACUUCUCCGGCUAGCAGGGGUUACGAGGGAGGGUUUGGGAUCAGUCUGAUGAACAAGGAUCUCAGGCUCGCCAUGACGGCCGCGCAGGAGGCGGGAGCCAAACUCGCACUCGCGGACAAGGCAAAGGAGGUCUAUGACCAGACCGAGAAGGAGUACAAGGGCAAGGACUUUUCGGUUGUGUAUCGCUGGCUGGGCGGGAAAGAAUAG